UGGUGAGAGAGGAGAGGGAUUCUGCAGAGAAGGGAUCAGCCCACCAAGGAGGCUAACAGGGACUCAGCUCCGACAGUGACCCGAAUGUAAACGUUAGUACAAGAUGAGGAAGGGCCUCAAACCAAAAGGAACCACUGCAGAUCAAACAGGGAAGCCUGGCCGCUGGAAAUUUCCUGUUUCUCACUCUGACAGAAAGGAGGGCUUCCGGAGCUGGCAAAGGUGGUGACGAUGGAGCAGGCAUCCUGGAUUCCAGUUACCAAAGGUGCAGCCACGCAGUUUCUGGGAUCUCUUCCGGCCACAAGAUGGAAAUGAUUUCCUGAGGGCUGACGACGACAGCGAGAUCUUUUGCAUCGGGCUUUCCCCCAUUUCUUCUCCGCCGGCCCCUUCCCAAGCGCCUCAGGCCUGGGUCUGGGAAUGCCGCCCCGGACCGGAAAGGGAGGCCGGAGGCAGCCGCCCCAGAGCGCCCAACCCACCCUCGGGUGCCUGACUUCGCUUAAGCGUCCUCCUGACCUGUCCGGGCCUCCGGGAAUAGGGGUGUACUUCUGGGGUGCGGGGAACCCCGCGAGGCUGGACUCGGUGGAUCCAGAGGCCCGGGGCUGGGCGCCCCAGCCUCGGAGCCCCUUUGGGCACCAGGCUGAGGGAGAAGGGUCGGGGAUCCCGGGGAUGCGGAUAGGCGGUCCGGAAGCUGGGGCUGGACAGGCGCACCGGGCGUGGGUGGAGCCGGCGGCGCCGGGGUUAAUGUCCGCCCCGCCCCGGCCGCGUUGACUCAGUUUCACCAGAAACUAGUGGGGGAGGAGGUGGCAGAUCCCCAGCGCACCGGACACCGGGGCGGAAGCUGCGGCCCGAGCCGCGCAGGAAGCCGGGACCGGAACUUCGGCUGGCUCGGCCCCACCCCACUCACCUGAGCAGGUAACCAGGGCCGAGGUGAGCGAGGAGGAGGUGAAGCGGGUUCUGAGCAUGUUUGGCCCUUUGUUCUCUGCUCGUUCGUGUGUCCGGGUCGCUAUCACCCUCGGAGCUCAGGGGCCCGCACUGUGAAGAUGACCCCCGUGGGGAGGAGGGCGACGGUCCCUGGGGGGAUGAUGGCCGGGGCCCGCCUCUCCCAGGCCCACAUCCCAGCGGUCGCCGUGUGGCUCCUUUGCGCGCUCGGCCUCCUGGGCACCGAGGCCGGGCCGCCGCCCGUGCCCCCCAGUCUGCUCACGGCCGACAACUGCCUGGACCGCUUUACCCCCGGGGUGCCUGCCUUCGUGCUCGACACCGACGCCUCGGUGAGAAACGGCGCCACCUUCCUGCGCUCCCUCACCGUGCGCCGCGGCCGGGACUGCGUGCACGCCUGCUGCAGCUCCAACGACUGCAAUCUGGCGCUGGUGGAGUUGCAGCCCGACGGCGGGGAGGCCGCCAUCGCCUCCUGCUUCCUCAUCAACUGCCUCUACGAGCAGAACUUCGUGUGCAAGUUCGCGCCCAGGGAGGGCUUCAUCAACUACCUCACGCGGGAGGUUUACCGCUCCUACCGCGAGCUGCGGACCCAGGGAUUCGGAGGGUCCCGGGUCCCCAAGGCCUGGGAAGGCACAGACUUGAAGGUACAGCCACAGGAACCCCUGGUGCUGAAGGGUGUGGAGAGCACAGAUUGGCACCUACUGCAGGGUGACACAGACGUCAGGGUAAAGAGGAAUGAUCCAGACCAGGUGGAGCUGUGGGGACUCAAGGAAGGCACCUACCUGUUCCAGCUGACAGUGGCCGGUUCAGACCAGCCAGAGAGCACGUCCAACAUCACAGUCACCGUACUGUCCCCCAAGCAGACAGAAGAAUAUUGCCUCGCAUCCAGCAAGGUGGGCCGCUGCCGUGGUUCCUUCCCCCGCUGGUACUACAACCCCACAGAACAGAUCUGCAAGAGUUUCAUUUAUGGAGGUUGUCUGGGCAACAAGAACAACUACCUUCGGGAAGAAGAGUGCAAGCUUGCCUGCCACAAUGUGCAAGGCCCCUCAGUGGAAAGGCAUCAUCCAGUGUGCUCUGGCACCUGUCACUCCAGCAAGUUCCGCUGCAGUGAUGGCUGCUGCAUCGACAGCUUCCUGGAGUGUGAUGACACUCCCGACUGCCCCGACGCCUCCGAUGAGGCCGCCUGUGAAAAAUAUACCAGAGGCUUCGAUAAACUCCAGAGGAUCCAUUUCCCCACGGAUAAAGGCCACUGCGUGGACCUGCCAGACACGGGCCUCUGCUUGGAGAGCAUCCCUCGCUGGUACUACAACCCGUUCACUGAACGCUGCGCCCGCUUUACCUAUGGCGGUUGUUAUGGCAACAAAAACAACUUUGAGGAGGAGGAGCAGUGCCUUGAGUCCUGUCGUGGCAUCUCCAAGAAGGAUGUGUUUGGUCUGCGGCGGGAAAGCCCCAUUCCCAACACAGGCUCCGUGGAGGUAGCCAUUGCAGUGCUCCUGGGCACCUGCAUCGUGGUGGUGGUAACCAUCCUGGGUUACUGCUUCUUCAAGCACCAGAGGAAGGGCUUCCACAGACACCGCCGCCACCACCCCCCACCCUCUGCCCCCACCAGCACCAAGGUAUCCACCACCGAGGACAUGGAGCACCUGGUCUACUACCAAACAACCCGACCCCUCUGAGCCUGGGGCUCUAGAGGGCUCUGGCCAGUUCUUACCUGGCCCUGCUUCCUCCUUGCCAAGAUGGAGGCCUGGGCUGAGGAAGACUUUGGGACCCGACUCCUCCAGCCUGUUCUGCCUCCAGGGCCAGGGCUCCAGACCCUCUUGGAGGUGUCUCAGCUAAGCUCAGGCUACUUGUUCCUGAGAAAGCUCAAGGGUCUGCAAGGAGCAGAAAACCUCUGAGCCAGGAAUCCCACGCAUGGUUGGACCCAUCUGCCUAGGACUUCAGAGGAAGUUGGAAUUUUGCUUCCUGUUCGGAGCUGCCUGCCCCCAUCCCAUGACCUUGGGAAGGGGCCUGGGGUGGCGUCAGAGGCUGGAGGCCCCAACUCCGUCCUCCAGAGCUGCCCCUCCCACCCUGCAAAGUCCAGGGCUGGGGUGCGGGGGAGGACGUCCCUGUAUAUUCUGUGUUGUACAGAGCUGCUUUCUGUUUAUUUAAUGCCGUGGCGGGUGGGUGAGAGGAGUGGAAAGCGGCUGUCUGGCCGCUGCCGCCUCUUCCCCUUCCCCGCGGAGUGAGCCCCAACCUGGCCUGGGCUGGCACACACAGCCAGAUCUUCCCCACCCCCCAGGGCCCUGCAACAUCACACUCCCUCCUGCUCCCCUACUUCCCACCGGCCCCAGUCCACCCACAGUGUAAUAAAGUGAUUUGUCCUGUGA